CUUAAAGAAAUGGCAUCAAUAGUAUUUGAUAACAGCCUUUCAGGACAGGUCAACCAGUUCUUGGGCGAUGUGGACGAUUUGCUAACCAUCAAGACUGGUUCGCCCGCAGAGAAGUUGAUCAACUUGUUGCAGUGUGAUGAGAAGCCUGUGCGUGAGAACGCAAUGGCCUUGUUGGCAUUCGCCAACCAAGCAGCCACCAACAAGGAUGCCUCACGUGAGGCCGGCCUCAUCCCUGUCUUCCUUCGUUACAUCACCCCUGCCACCCUUGUCGAGUCCGCGCCAAUGGUCAAGCACGCAGUGAUGGGUCUAAUGUUCCUUGGUAAUCACUCUGAUGUCAACAAAGAAGCUAUUGCAUCUGUUGGUGGCGCAGACUCAACUUUUGAGUUGAUACGUGAGUUGUUGCCAGCGAUGGCAACACCACCAGCAGGCGCCAAGAGGGAUGAUGUGCAGCAGUCACUGUCACACUCACUCAAUCUUGUAAUCAUAUUGGCAUCGUUGGCAUCCAUCAGAGAAAAGAUUGGAUCCGUCCAGAACUUCCUCGUACUCAACAGUCUGCUUGGCUUCGAGGAUGCCAACCAAGAGUUGCAAAUCCAGAUCCAAGAAAAGUCACUAUCCUGCGUCAACAACAUCUGUCUGCACAAGGAGAACAAGGAUCACGCCAGAGUUGCUGGAACUAUCGAGGCAGUACUUAAGCUGUUCCACUCAAAGAAGGCAACUAUUGUGGACAGCGCUGUUAGAAUGAUUUACAACAUGACCAUUGUGGAUGCCAAUCGUGAGGCACUCCGUCAAUGCAAGGGACUCGAGGCACUCGUCUCCAUCCUCAACCAACAAGAUGCCAUCAAGCUCAUUGUACUCAAGGCCAUCUCAAACAUGGCUGUCGACAGACAAACUAUUGAAUAUAUGAUCAAGAACAAGGAGGCAGUGUUCGACCCAAUCCUUGCCAUGUUCCCAUUCGCCAGUGGAGCUGAGGGUGUGUUUGAUCAGGUGUUGUCCAUCGUCCAGAACCUCGUGUCUGAGGAUAACUUCAUUGAGGAUGUCUCAAAGAUGGGCAUUCUCGAGAAGAUUGUCCAGUCCAUCAAGGGCAUGCCACUCACCAACACUGCCCAGCAAUCCGUCCUCUUCAAGUCUGCUUGUAUUAUAUCCGCUUUGGUAACAAUUGAGGACGUUCAACAGGGUGCAGUUGAGAGUGGAGUCGUGGCUAUACUGAUUGACUUGCUCAAGUAUCAACCAGCUGAUAUUAGACGUGAGGCUGCACGUUCAUUGGCCAACGCCACACCAUACUAUGAUGAUGUUCGUGGUGAGGUUGGCAAGCUGGGCGGUGUUGAGCUCUGUCUCGACUUGCUCCUCACCUCUGACAAGGAGCUCACCAAGCAGGCAGCACGUGCCCUCGUCAAUCUUGCACGUAACACUCACAACGAAGAGAAGUUGUUUGAGGCCAAGGGUAUUGAGCACGCCAUCCGUCUGAUCAACUUGCCAGAGAAGGACUUGAAGAUGCUCGGCACCAAGCUGCUGGUGAACCUGUCUCUCAAUGAGAAGGCUCGUAUCUCAUUCUGUCAGAAGGGUGGACUGUCCAUUGUGCAGACCCUAUUGACCUCGCCCGACCAGGAGUUGCAACUUCAGGGCACCAAGAUCAUCACCAACUUGGCCAUCAGUGGUAGAAACCGUAAGCUGAUGAACGAGAAUGUUCCAGAGCUCCUGCCAGCCGUCAAGGCCCUGCUCAACUCUUCAUCCGCCGAGAUCAAGACUCAAGCCGACGUUGCCAUCAACAACAUAUCCUUCCCAUAUGAGAAGAGCUAUGAGGGACUGGACUUUGGUCUGGAGGAGCAGUUCCCAACAUUCAUGACCCCAACUCAGUAUGAGCAGGAUGAGGAUGAUGAGGAUGAGGACAAGGAGGAGGCCCAGAAGAUGAGAAUGUUGGAGGAGGAGGAGUUGCGCCAGGCUGCCGAGACAGAGAUUAUUGAGAGGAAGAAGAUCAUGGAGGAGGAGAUGAAGAGGAUCGAGACCAGAAGAAAGCAGGAGGAGGAGAAGCGCAAGCAGGACGAGGAGGAGGCCCGCAAGAAGAGAGAGGACGCCGAGAAGGCCAGACAGUUGGCCGAAGAGAUGGAGCGUCUCAGAAUCGAGGCCGAGGAGAAGCGCAAGCAGGACGAAGAGGAGGCCCGCCACCAGGCCGCCCUUCAGGAGGCCGAGCGUCUCAAGAAGUUGUCCGACCAGCAGGCCGCCGCCGAGCGUGCCGUCGCCGAGAAGCAGGCUGCCGAACUUGCCGCCCGUCUCAAGCUCGAGGAGGAGGAGCGCAAGAGAUUGCUGGAGGAGGAGCGUGCUCGCAAGGAAGAGGAUGAGCGCAAGAGACGCGAGGCUGUCGCCGCCGCCGAGAAGCAACGCUUGUUGGACGAGGAGCGUGAACGCAAGGAGCGUGAGGAGGCCGAGACACGUCGUCGCCAGGAGGAAGAGGAGUCUCUCAAGAGGAUGCAACAGGAGAUCAAGGCCCGUGAGGAAGAGAUCAAGAGAAAGAAGGAGGAGGAGGAAGCCAGAAGAAAGCGCGAGGAGGAGGCCAAGCGUCUGCAGGAGGCUCAGGACAAGGCGUCACAGGAGGCUGCCAAGGCUGCUCAAGAGGCUGCCCGUGCCCAGAAGAGGACACACAUCGUCCAGGAGAUCAUGCACGUCGAGGCCAACUACGUGCGCAACCUCGGUCUGAUCGUCAAGAAAUUCCUCAACCCUCUGGCAUCGGCUGGUGCAUCCAAGCGCCCAAUCAUCACACAGGACAAGAUCAAGUCGAUCUUCUCGAUCGUGGAGAUCAUCCACAACUUCAACAGCAUGCUGUCGGACGGUCUUCAGUCACGUGUCAAGCGUUGGCUCGCCGACAACAAGAAGGACGUGCUGAUCAUUGGAGACAUCUUCAUCAAGACCACCGACUUCAUGACUGUGUACUCGACCUACAUCAACAACUACAAUCACUCGAUCAAGACACUCAACGAGCAGAAGAAGACCAACUUGCCAUUUGCCCAGUUCAUCAAGAAGGUCGAGGCCGACCCCGAGCUGCGCGACCAGGAGCUCGAGAACCUGCUGAUCAACCCCGUGCAGCAGCUGCCACGUUACGUCAUGUUGCUUUCUGACCUGAUCAAGAACACCAACGAGGACCACCCAGACCACAAGUCGCUCGUCGAGGCCCUCGAGAAGAUCCGUCACAUCACCUCCUACGUCAACGAGCGUAAGCGUGAUGCUGAGGACGCCAUGACCAUGGUGAACAUCCACCAGAACCUGCGCGGCAAGGUGCCACGCGACUUCUUGGCGCCACACCGCAAGUUUGUCAAAGAGGGCAACAUCCAGUUUGGCUCAGCCAGUGGCUCUUUCAAGGACAAGGACCCAGUAGUGUUCCUCUUUUCGGACAUGCUGAUGAUGACCAUCAAGCAUCCAAACAAGCCCAACGAGUACAAGUUCCGCUACUCGGUGGACCUCACACACAGCACCGCCAUCGAGGACUUCCCUCGCAUCAACAACGGUUUCAUCGUCAAGGCUUCGCAGUGGUGGAUGUUCUCCUGUCCCACCCCAGCCGACAAGGCUCAAUGGGUUGAGACUCUCACCAAGGUCAUCCAGGCACUUCCAAAGAAGUAA